UUGCCUGCUUGCCUUCCUAGCAAGUAUUUUGCAAAUCCGUUAUCGCUUGCGGGCGUACGGCCAUUGCUCGACUUUCAUCUCUUUUUCGAUGGCCCGCUCCAACCAAUUUCCGUUGGUCAGAGAUGUCACAACAGGCCACUCCUUGGCGGAUCUCAUCUUUUUUGAUAUCUUGCUUUGAUUGGACCCCGUCUGCUUUGUUUACGCUGAAGGACUGGGGACAAAGCGUCCAAGAAUUGCAGUCACAAUGAGCAAUCUCUUUACCUAUCACCAUGGCAACAAUCAGAUCACAUGACUUGUAUCUCUCUAUUCAGCAUCCCAUCGGUGUUUUUGGUCUGCCUUUUCUUUCCCCGGUCCAACCCUUUCUAGCGCAUUGUUGAAUCUCCGUCCAGCAACAUGGUCCCACCCCCAUCCUCAGGCAACAGAAAGGAGUCGGGCACCGCCCGCUUCUUUGGAUCAGCGUCUGCUGGUGUAUUGGAGCUGUUGGGCUUCCACCCGGUGGACACGGUGGCCAAGCGGUUGAUGAAUAACCAGCAGCAGGUGUUUGGCUCGGGGAAAGCCUUUUCGGAGAGCAUGGGUGUGAUGAACAAGAUCAUUUUCAAGGAUGCUGCUACAAAGGGAACCCUUUCCAAAUACUUCUCUCUCUUCCCCGGUCUUGGUUUCGCAGCGGGUUAUAAAGUCAUGCAGCGAGUCUACAAAUUCGGCGGCCAGCCUUACGUGAAUGACUACCUAAACAAACACUACAAGGAGACCUUCCAGAACGUCUUUGGUGACCGCCAUGCAAAGACAAUCAUGCAUGCAACAGCCGGGUCGUUGGUCGGAAUUGGAGAGAUUGUUUUGUUGCCUUUGGAUGCAUUGAAAAUCAAGAUGCAAACCAACGCCCAGUCAUACGCUGGUCAGAACGUGUUCCAGAUUGUACGAUCAGAGGGAUGGGGAUUAUACCGGGGAGCAUCUUGGACCGCUGCUCGUAACGCACCGGGAUCAUUUGCAUUGUUUGGUGGCGCCGCAAUUACAAAGGAGCACUUGUUCAAGCUGGAUGAUUAUGGAAAGGCGACAUUCUUCCAAAACUUUGUCGCUUCCAUUGCGGGUGCUAUUGCCAGUAUCACGAUUUCUGCACCGUUGGAUGUGAUCAAGACCCGUAUCCAAGCACGCUCAAGUGAGCAAGCUCAGGGAGGAUGGACCAUCGUCAAGAACAUGGUAGCAAAGGAAGGUUUCCAUGCCUUCUUCAAGGGAUUGACGCCAAAGAUCCUGGUCGUUGGGCCCAAGUUGAUUUUCAGCUUCACAGUUGCACAGCAGCUCAUUCCAUUCUUUGGCCGGCUUUUGGAUGGAGAGGCACAAGCUGCCGCCGCCGCCAAAGCUGCAGUGACCAAGGCCUAAUUGCCCGAAAUUGGUUUUUUUUUCUGUAUCUAGAGAUUAGGUUAUAGUUUUUGUGGACGUUCAGGUUAGAUUGUUAGGUAUAUUUUCUGUUUAUCUUGUUGUUUAUCACAAUUGCACAUUGUUUUCUUCAUCA